AUGGCAUUUGCAGAAGUAACACCUCUGCUGCACUUUAGUGGGAUUGUGGGUAAAGAAGAGCGGCGCGGCUUGUGGGGGCGGCGCAAUGCCGGAGCUGGAGCUCUGCUGACCUCCUACACAAAGAAAGAUCAGGAUGGAGGAGAGGAUAAAACCGCUCAAAAGAAGAAAGUGAAAGAGCUAAAAGUUCUCGAUGGAAAAUCGUCCCAGAACCUUUCUAUUUUCCUGGGCUCGAACAGAUUGCCGUACGAGGAGAUGAAGAAUGUAAUUCUGGAGGUGAACGAGAAGGCGCUUACAGAGAACAUGGUGCAGAGUUUGCUGAAGUUAUUGCCUGAGGAGGAGCAGCUGAACGUGCUAUCAGAGAUGAAGGAUGAAUAUGACGAUCUCGCAGAAUCUGAACAGUUCGGAGUCGUGAUAAGUUCAGUGAAACGGCUGAAGCCGCGUCUCAGUGCCAUCUUGUUCCGCCUGCAGUUCGAGGAGCAGAUAAACAACGUGAAGCCAGAUAUUGUGGCCGUGACGGCAGCGUGCGAGGAGAUGACCAAGAGCGAUAACUUUGCCAAGCUCCUUCAGCUUAUCCUGGUCGUUGGCAACUACAUGAACGCUGGCUCGCGCAAUGCCAAGGCUUUCGGCUUCGGCAUCAGCUAUCUGUGCAAGCUCAGAGACACCAAGUCCGCAGAUCAGAAGCAGACCCUGUUGCAUUUCCUAGCAGACAUGUGUCAGGAGAGUUAUCCUGAUGUCAUGCACUUCCCUGAGGACCUUAUUCACCUGGAGAAAGCUAGCAGAGUCUCGGCUGAGACACUGCAGAAAAAUCUGGAUCAGAUGGGGAAGCAGAUCAAGAAUCUGGAGAAGGACAUUGAGACGUUCCCUCCUCCCCAAAAUGAAAAGGAUAAGUUUGUCGAGAAGAUGACCAUCUUUGUGGCAUCUGCGCGAGAGCAGUUUGAGAAGCUCCAGCUGAUGCACGGCAACAUGGAGAAGCAGUAUGAAGACCUGGGCAAGUACUUUGUCUUUGACCCUAAGAAGAUAAGCCCUGAGGAGCUUUUUGGAGACCUCUUUAACUUCAAGAACAUGUUCCAGCAAGCCGUGAUGGAGAAUCAGAAACGUAAGGAAGCAGAGGAAAAGAUGCGCAGGGCCAAACUCGCGAAAGAGAAAGCCGAAAAAGAGAAAGAGGAGAGACAGAAGAAAAUAAACGCCGGACACACACUCAACAUCAAUGACGAUGGCGAUGAGACAGGAAUUAUGGACGGCCUGUUGGAGGCGCUGCAAUCAGGAGCUGCUUUCAAGAGGAAGAGAGCACCACGGCAAGCGGGAAAUCGGAGGGGAGCUGGCCAUGCAGUGACAAACAUUCUCGCCAAAGAGCUGCUGCAGGAAGAAGCCAAGCCCAACAUCACAGCCAAGAAGACUCGAACAGACAACGACAGCAAGAAGGCGGAGUCGGCAGACGACACAGGUUCGCUGGAGGAACUCUUGGACGACGGCCCUCGACGGUCUCAUUAGGAGCUUCCUGUAGUGACCAGCCCUGUCCUGCUUAAGGAGACAGUUGGUUGGACGUAGUUUGGAGGCCAAACAUGACAGCAGGUCUUUCUCUGACCCACAGGCCCGUAUAAGACUUCAUGGCUCACAAUUGGCCAAUUUUACUGUAGAGGCGUGGCUCAUUAGCUCCACCACUGACUGGAGCUUAGGGUGUGCUACCACCACAACUGCCCUUAUCCACUGCCCUGUUUUUUCAUCAAUUUUUCACGUAUUUCAGUACUUUUUGAAGGGAAAAAUCGGAUCAACCCAAAGGUCUGUUCAUACAUAACAUGAUGCAUCUUUCUGCACUUAUAUUUAGUUUCUUGCUACUUUUAGUUAUUUCUCAGUACUUUGUAUCUAUACACAGAAAUUCAUUUUUUGUUAGUUUUUUUUCCCUUUCCCUGGAGCCAAGUGUAGCUACUAUGCAAAAACAUACUGUAUACGGAGUGUUAAAUAAAAUGUUCCAUUACAUCAGUACAAGUGCCAACUAAUAGCUUAGAACUGUACUUACCAGCAAAUUGUUCAAAAAGAGUGUGCCUUAAGUGGAGUAGAAACCAAACACAGGUAGGCAUGAGAGAGAGAGAGAGUGUGUGAGUGUGUGUGUGUGUGUGUGUGUGUGUUAGUGUUGUGUCUUAGUUAAAUUAAAGGUCUGGUACCUCAUCGUGAGACUAUUUUUCCCUGAAAGAUUGUUUUUCUUUUAGAAAGCUCUAGCUUCUCGCUAUACAGAGUGUUUACACACUGCUCUGUGUAAUUAAUGAACUGCAUCAACUGUAGUAAACAUUCUCAGUUCUAUUCUGUGUAUGUCUAAGCGAUAUGUCUUGAAUUUCCUGCACACUUGAUCGCUGCCGAGAAAAUUCUGCGCCUGUUAUCCUGUAUGAGAUUGAUUUAAGACAGAUUUUGAGUUUGUCUGCGCCAGAUGAACAAACAGUUCAUCUGCUGCAUGUGUGGAAAUUAGCCAUCAGGACAAAAAGAGAAUCAGUAGAAUACUUUAGUUACAUCUCUCUCAGUUUUCAGAAACAUAACCGAAGUUCAAUAUUUUUUUGCUGGAAAUGACAAGCGUUUUAGCGAAAUGUUUCUUGCUGUCUCACUGCUCUUACACUUACCAACAAUUAUACUGUUUGCUGGAACAAUAUACACUUAUUUUUGUUUUUUAGUAGACAUUUUUGUCCUGAAUGUACAGUAGCAUCAUCUCCAUUGGUCUUGAGACACUGGACACAUGCUUGUUGACUGCAAGGCAUCAGUGUAUGACGCCAUGCUUAUAUCCUGAGCAGAUGAGCUUUCUGUUUAAUCCUGAUAAGGAGUUUUUCUAGACAAGUAUUUCCUACUGCAUGGGUGACUGUAGAAUGUGUGUGAGUGUUAUUUAGUAGACCAUGGAGCUUGUGUGAGAAGCACUUUUCAAAUUAAUUGAGGAAGAUUUAGCCAUAGAACUGAUUCUCACAUGCUCACCAUGGAUUUCACUUGCCUGCCAUUUGUACCAGAGAAUUACUUGUUUAUGUAUGUGAAAAUGAUAGAGCAAUAAAAGAAAAGGUGGGGAAACUGUAGUUUUAAGUUCGUUUACACCUCACAGAUCAGAUUUCAAGAGAUUUAUUUUUAAGCUUUGAAUUUGCAGUUUUUUCGUAAGCUCACCAUAACUGAAAAAUGGCUCACUAUAUAUUAAUGUCAAAAUAAAUGCACACACAGUAAGUGAAAGCUUUUUUUUUUCUUCUUCUUCUUCAUUUGGAUGGGCAGAGUUUUCCAGAGCUCUCUGGAAGCCAAACCUCGGUUCUAACUUUAGGUCACUGCUGGAUGAAUCAGAGCCUCACGUGGCAUUUACUGAACAUUUCUGUUCAAGUAUGGGAACUGAUUGAUUUAUGUAGAUGCUGGACAGCAUUAUUACAUCACUGGAUUGAGAAAAAUACAACACGUAGUCUUUUUUUUCCAUUUUAUGGACAGAUUUUUCUUUCUAUAUAAAAUUUUAUUGAUUGUUUUAUUUUUAAGAAUAAUGUAAGUAGAAAUGCACUUCGUAUUGUGUGUGUAUAUUGUAUUGUCUUUAAAGAAACCAAUGCUUCCAAUUCUGUUAAAUCUUUGCCAUUAAAAAAUACUUUAGUACUA